UUUAAACAGUUGAUUAAUCGACCUCAGUAUUUGUACAUCAAGUGGGUUCUUCAACUGACGUUUAAUCUGUCACUGAUACAAAAUGUCAUUUUUAUCAAAAUAUAUCAUGAAAAUAUUUAUGGUGAAAUAAUAAUUUGGCUGCCGCACAAAAAGACAAUCAAAAAAUGUCUUGAAUCUGGGUGCUGUUAGCAUGGAAUGGUUACGAAAUCAUUCUUUCCUAUCAAAAAAUUCAAGAACUGUGAUAAAUACUGAAGAAGAAUGUGAUCCCCAAGCAUGUUACGAUAGUUUUAAGGAACACUGGCAUCAGGCUCUUAAAAUACUUCAGAGAGUUCAGCAACUACCAAGUCAUGAUGAUGUACUGGGGGUUGUUAACCAUCUUGAACAAAUGGUCACAUUACUUCUCUAUGACAUGAAAAGAAAUGACAGGUUGUGUAUGAAUAAUUCUUCACAAUGUCUAGAUUAUUUAUUAACAGAGAAUAUAUUAGAUAAGCUUUUUGAAUGGAGCAUGAGAUCUGGAAAAUAUAAAAAUGCUGUGCGAUGUGAGCAGUUGAAGUUAUAUGAAAUGUUAAUAGCUCAAUCAAGGGAGUUGUUAUUAAAACAUGAUGCUUUCGUCAAGCCUAUGCUUAAAUUAUUAAAUUCAUGUCAUGGGGAAGUUUUUUCUAUAGAAAUUGAAAAACUUUUGGUGGACCUUUUAAAUCAGUUGAGCACAUUACUGGUACAAAAUAUAGGUUUCAUAAAGUUAUUUUUCCAAUGUGAUAGAAAUGUUGACAGAUUCAUAAUAUUUUCUCUAUUAAUCCCGUUUGUACAUAGAGAAGAUUCUAUAGGGAUGAGAGCUCGUGAUGCCCUUUUACUUUGCAUGACACUGUCAAUAAAAAAUAAAGAAGUAGCCAUAUACAUAUCAGAACAUUCAAAUUUUUCCGUGUUGGUAGCGUCAGGUUUAAGUGGUUUAUAUUCUGUGUUACCAAACUCGAUCGACGAUAUCGGAGUACCUGAUUGGCAUCGUUUUACGCCAGACGACGUGAAAGAAAUCAAAGGGCUUUUAACUUUUGUCACUUCAUUGGAUUUUAGUAAUGCGGUUGCUCAAAUUGCACAUCCCAUGAUAAGGCAACAAUUACAAGAGUUUUUAUACAGGGGUUUUUUAAUACCAGUAUUAGGCGCAGCCCUUUUGCAAAUAAAUAUAUUAGAGCAAGUGGCAGCGACAGCCUAUUUAGAAUUGAUCAUACGUACAGUUACCGAGCCAGGGUUAUUACACGCCGUUUUACGAUUUUUACUAGUAGUUGAAUACGACGGCGAUAGGCUAUUAAAUAUACUGAUAAACAGGAUUGAUUCAGAAAGGCAGUUAUGCCUUGUGUCAUUGGCGCUUUUCGAAUCACUGAUUGACCUAAAUUGCGAAGAUCUGAUGUUGGAGCUGAGCUUCAAACAUUUACAGCCGUGUUUUCAAGUACUGUUGUCGCAACGUAAAAUACUGCUGCCUUUGGAUCUGUCGUGCUCAAGUUUCGAAAAGCUGUUGCUACUAGCGCCUAAUUGCUGUCGAUUGCCCGAUAGCGAUGUCGGAGUCGACGGUAGUUUCAUCCAGUGGAAUCAUUUCAAACAUAGUCAAAGUUUGUAUGGGAAGUACUAUGCUUACCUUUGCGAUGCUAGAAAUAAAAUUGGGCAAUGUCAGAGAGCUUGUUCCAGUUGGAGUAACUCCUAUAACGGAGACGAAGAUAUUUCUUGUAACAGUGAAGAAAAAUCGGACAGUUUGAUAUCUUUGGAAAGAAGUAGCGGCUACGAGAGUUUCAAUAUGAAUUUAGACGAUAUAAAAGAAGAGAGUGAAUGGCUUGUUUCGACAAGUAAAGGGAGAAGAUCAAAUGCAAUUCUUGUACUCGAUGAUAUGCAUCUAGAAACGCCUCCGUGUGCUGGGCCAUUUUUAACUAUUUUGAUGGAGAAAUUAAGGAAUUUUUUAUCCAAUUCUAUAUACGUUAACUUGCACUUAACCGGCAUCAUAUCAAGACUGGCUGCAUACCCACAACCCUUGUUACGAGCUUAUUUACUUGAGGAUAACAUGACGUUGCCGCCCAAUGUGCCGUCCAUUUUCGAGAUAUUAAAUUUAUUAAAACAUCAAGUAGAUGAGGCCAUGAACCGCUAUUCCGAUAAAGUUGGUUUAAUAAGAUACGCGCAAGACAUUUUAGUGGACAGAGAAGUAAUGCUGGUGAACCUGCGCCGAUACCAUACUGAAAAAUCUUCGGCACAAAAACCGGCGGAAUCUAACGAACCGUUUCAACGAAAUGGACCUAAGAGAAGAAGUCUGAACAUUCCAUCCAUAACAAGUAUGUUCGGCAGAAGACCGAGCCAGGUAGAAACCAGCAUGCCUUUAGUAUCAUCACCUGAAGAGUUACAAUUUAAUCUAAUAUACCCGAAAUUUAACGAAGGCCAACAUGUAGCCUUAUGCGCCGUAUUGUUAGACGAGUGGGUUAAAGAAUUGGCUGCCUUGGCUCAAGAACACACAGUCGCCCAACUUGCCACCUCAUUGAGUUAAUUUAAUCUUCUUUUUAGCAAUUUUUUACAAGAAAUCGCCUCAGGAAGGUCCAGAUUAAAAAUUAAUCUGUGAGUUUUGAUAUAAAGCCGCUAUCGGAUUUUGAAAAAUUAGGCCAGACACUUUGGAGGUAUUUACAUAUCAAUAUUACCUAAAUUUUUUAACAGUGUUAUUGUGGGGUCGUAUUUAAUUAUUUCACUUAGUUUCGGUGCUAAACUUGAAGGAGUGAAUCUGGUAUAUCUAUUAUUGUUUGGCCACAUAUUUGCAUAACACCCUGUAUAAAAUAUAUAUCCUAGCAUCUUCAAGUCCUGAAUAAUUUUGUGUGGCUUUACAAAUUCAGCCUCUUUUUUAAUUUCCUAAAUCCCAGACAGGUAUUUGUUUGAAAAUGAAUGUAUCAAUGGAAAAUAUUUGGUAAUAAUAAAUUCUAGGAUAGUUGCGGGAAUCUUUGGCGCUUUUUAAAACAAUUUAUAUGUACAUAUUUUUUUUAUAUGAUCUACGCUUAAAAUUGCGCAAAUUAGUGUGUAAGGAUUGUGAUUUUCUUCAUUAACUUUGCGUGUAUAUAUUAACCCUUUUUUUAGAAGGAAAAUGAACUUUUAGAACUCUGCCACUGAAUGUGUGGGUCCAAAAUUUGAUUAGUCCCAUUAUUUAAUACAGUUUUAAUUAAAAUGUUUUACCGUUUUUUGUAAUAGAGUGACUUUGAGUGAUUUUAUUUAUUUACUAUUUAUAGGUUUUUGUUAUCCCAGUGCAGAAGAUUUUCACUAAAAAAUAAUUUGUUAUUUUUCGUUAAUGAGUCCAGCUUGUAACCUUUUGGUCUUGUGAUACAACAAUAACGAGUGAGUAAGGGCAGUAGCAAUAUUUUCUUUAUUUAGGCAAUACGACCAAAACAAAUUGUGAUUAUUGUAUGUGAGUCACGAGAAAUCAUGCAAUUGUUUCACACUGCAUUUGGGAAUACAUCAUAUUGUUAAAAAGCAAACGUUUUAAAUAUAUAUUUUAACAAAA